AUGCCAGACGUGGGUAUGAUCCCCAUGACGUCGUCGCUAUCAAUUCAAUUACAUCCGAUUAUUAAGACGGUUUACGUUCGUAUGAAAGAUCGAUCGGGUACUGUUGCAAUUGAUUUGACAUCAACAUUCUUAUCAGUCAAGGAACUUAUUGUUCAGUUUCAUAAACUUGCAUUUGGCAAGUCAUUUACUGCCUUUGCAGCCAAUUCAAGACUAUGGACACGUCAAGAAGAUCAUGAGAUACUUGUGACAAGUCUUACGGACUUGCAAAAUGGACAAGUUUUAGUCUAUAAACCCUGUGAAGAGCUCUCGACACUUGUAGCACAAGGAUGUCUUACUCCUGUGUUGACAUCUCGCGCUAUUGUUAACGAAAGUCCUUCUAGCUCCCCCAUGGGAAGCAAACGCAAAGGAAGAGCCAAAUCAGUCACGAACAAUGUCGAGAGAGUACAUCGUUACGCGUCAGAUCUGGCCAAGAUGGAUGUAUCUCCUCGUGAGAAGGAACUGAUUGAAGACUUGCUCAUUGUAGGUGAUGAACAAGUUGUGGAUGCCAUGGAACAGUUCAUUGUACACCAGAAUCCUGCACUUGUUCAACGUGUACUACGUGGACCGGCUGUUAAAAGAAAGAAUGCGGCUCUGGAGCACCUUUCGAUGGACUUUUCGUCCAUGGACAUGCAUUCACCUGCUGUCCCGACAUCUGGAGAUGACUUUAGUGACCCAUUCUUGAUGAGAGGAUCACAGAACCCGUUUGUACGAGCUACAGUGGAGUCAGAAGUGCAGCGACCUUCGAUGAUGAAGGUGGAGGAGCACACGACAACGAAAAAUACACGUCCGUUACUCAUGUUUGACAGCGAUGCGCUGUCCAAUCCGCCUAUUUUUUUGCAGCCUAUCAAGGAAAAGGUGACGCCGCCAUCGGGACGGAUGUCGCUCUCGCUUUCAAACGAUCUGGACCCGAGUAUGAACACACGGACGCCGACGCAGCUCUUUUCGAUUGAAAAGUUGCUAGAUAGUGUACCCGUUGCACGAGAUUUUCAUGACAAGUAUAACGUGGGUGCCGUGCUAGGAUCUGGGAAAUACUCAGUGGUUAAGCGGUGUACGAACAAGUCGACGGGCGAGCACUUUGCAGUGAAGAUUAUUGACAAGAGGCAGAUGAUCGAGAUACGAUUUCUCAAGCGAGAGCUGGAGAUUAUGUAUGGACUGCGUCACGAUGGUGUCGUGCGCCUUCUGAAGCUUUUUGAGAACAACGAGUGUGUGUUUUUGGUCAUGGAGAUGUGCGGUCAGGAGCUUUUCGAGUUUAUCGAUCGGAACGGACCACUACCCGAGUCCACAACGCGCCCACUUAUUCGUAAGCUCGUGCGUACAGUCGCACACUUGCACAAUGAAUGCAUUGUGCAUCGCGACAUUAAGCCGGAAAAUAUCCUGCUACCUCCCAACAGUCAAGACGUGAGCGAUAUCAAACUCUCGGACUUUGGUAUUGCGCGCAAACUCGAUGGUCAUGGCCACGACAACGUUCUAACACCUCAUGAAAGUCUGUCUGAGGUGGCAAACCUCCACGAUGCACCUGCUACGAAUGUCUCUGGCUUGUCGUCUUCAAUCGACAUGGUACGCAAUCGCAUGGCUAGAGCACACACCAAGUGUGGAACACGCGACUACAUUGCGCCUGAAGUAAUGAGCGGCAAGGGAUAUGGCACGGAGGCUGAUCUCUGGAGUGUAGGCGUGGUGACAUAUGUGCUGAUGAGUGGAUGUGCGCCAGUAUUUUUACCAACGGCUGAGGGUGUGAAGAAAGUAUUUUUCUCGGAUGAGGCGUGGAGUGGUGCAUCCGAAGACUUGAAGCAUUUUAUCGAGUCGUUACUUGUGCGAAAACCAGAGGAGCGUAUUACUGCUGCUGAUGCAUUGAAACACCCGUGGUUGAAGUAA